GGGCGUUCACCUACCCAUGACUUCCUUUACAUGUCUCGUUUCAUCCAGGAGUCCAACUUCCUUGCACGAAAGUCUUCGGUGUUUGUAUCUUGCGCUUCCCCGUGCUUUCCCCACAUACCAGAACAGUGAUCCAUGUGGUCGCCACUAAAAACCGUGGAUCCAGAAAAGUCCAUCCGCACUCCUGCUUGAUUCAGCUUCUCACAGAAAACCAUGGAUCUAAAACAUCUGCUUAGAAUAGUAAACGAGGGUUUGGAAGACGAAAGCAAACAAGGCUUUACUAUCAUCGACAAACCGGUCAACAAGGGGUGGCCAACCUUGUUUAGUAACAUUUCUAAAGCCGACCUUACAGGCCGACAAUGGAGCUAAAACUGUGAGUUUCACAUGUCAUGAGCUUCAUGCUCUGCAGGCCGAUCACGGUUGCUUCUCCCUGGCCUUCUCGGUGAGGAAGAUGGCACUCUUCUGAGCCCGCAAGAGAAGAAGACCGUCCACUGCCGGUGGCCGGAAAAUUUGUACGCGAGAUGAAGAUAGCUACCAACGUCAGAGGAAUCGAUCCUCUGAGUUUGGGAGUGGGAGUUUUAAUCGGAUGCUUUCUGGUCUCACUGACCUAUGUUACCAUGUACAAGUCUGACAUGCUUAGCUCUUCUUUCUUGGCUUCCCAGAUCUCAUGGUCGACGGACGCAGCUUCCACGAGGCAUUCGACCGAAAGCUUUAGUGGUACUCGACAACCAGCACGGGAGAGCAAGCCAAGAUGCAAUAGCAGCAGCGCCGGAUCAGAUCUUUGUGAAGAGAACGAAUUUACAGGCACGCUAAGGAUUUCUCCCUCGGAAUCUGAUAUUAUACCAAGGGAGAAAACUUCUGGAGGUACAAGAAAACCAGACAACAAGAAAGAGGGAAUCGGCCGACCUUGCGAUCCAAAAUCCGGCCGAUGUCAAGUUGUGAACGGUCCGCCUACCCUGGUCGAUCGUCUGCAGACACCAGUCUCAAGCGAUUCCAAGAAACCAGAUGUGGAGGCACAGAUGAGGCCACUGUGUGAGAUCGGCUACAGGAGUGAUGUCUGUGAUAUCUAUGGUGACAUUAGAAUCAUUGGGAAGGAUUUGUCGUCUGUCAUACUCGUCACCCCCUCUCGAGCUGCCCGAAACGAGUCAUGGCAGGUGAAGCCAUACGCCAGGAAGUGGGACCAUGGGGUCAUGCCCCAUAUCAAGGUUGUGAAUGUGAGAUCAGAGAACGACUAUGUUGCAGCCCCUCAAUGCACCGUCGGCCACACCGUCCCUGCCAUCGUCUUCACCACGGCCGGAUACAUUGGAAACUACUUCCACGACUUCACCGACGUGUUGGUCCCUCUGUUUCAGACGGCGCGCCAGUUCGACGGCGAAGUCCAGUUCGUCAUUAGCUCGUGCAACUUCUGGUGGAUCAGCAAGUACAAGCCGUACUUCGACAAGCUGUCCCGGUACGAGAUGAUCGACUACGACAAGGACGCCAGAGUGCACUGCUACAAACACGUCAUCGUCGGCCUGAGAAGCGACCAGGACAUGAUGAUCGACCCCUCCAAGUCGCCGAUGGGAUACACCAUGUCCGACUUCAUGGGGUUCAUGCGGAGAACCUACUCGCUCGACAGAGAUCACGCGCUGAGGAUCAGCGAAGCGCCGGGGAAGAAGCCGAGGCUGCUGAUCAUAUCGAGGAGCCAGACGAGGAGGUUCGUGAACGUGAACAAGAUCGUGGGCAUGGCCAAGAAGGUAGGCUUCGAGGUGGUGGUGUCGGAGGGCGGGUUCGACCUGGCCAACUUCUCGCGCGUGGUGAACUCCUGCGACGUGAUGCUGGGCGUGCACGGCGCAGGGCUGACCAACUUCGUGUUCCUGCCGCCCGACGCCGUCCUGAUACAAGUGGUGCCGUUUGGCGGCCUGGAGUGGGUCGCCAGCACCUACUUCGCGAAGCCUGCUGGGAAGACGCAGCUGAAGUACCUGGAGUACACCAUCGGUGAGGACGAGAGCACGCUGACGGAGUUGUUUCCCAGAGACGAUCCAGUGUUCAGGGAUCCCAAGUCCAUUCACAAGCUUGGGUGGAUCAAGAUGGGAGAAAUCUACCUCACCAAGCAAAACGUAAGGCUUGACCUGAAAAGGUUCAAGCCAGUUUUAUUCGAGGCUCUCCGGCUUCUCAGAGAAUAGAAGAUACAGCAAAAGUAAGUAGGAAAAUUUAUUGAUUAUGUGUAUCGAAUAAGACUCGAGAAAAAAUUCCAGCUUCGAUCCAAGGCAUGUCGUGUUCUUCGAUGGAUACCUUGGCAGCCUUCGCAUAUGGAACCGACGAGAUACUUUCUGCAACAAGUGACCAUUAUUAGUUUCAUCA